GGGCGCUGUCCACUUCACGCUCCAUGGUUUUCAUUCUACGAGCAGUUGGUGGUUACUGCUUAGUAUAUUUCUGUUGCUUCUCUGUCUGCUGAGCUUCUUGCUUUUCACCAUGGUUCCUUCUUCCUUAGGGCCUUGCCUGCUAUGAGUGAUAAUUCACUGGCUAAUCGCAAUUCUGUUGGAAAUAAGCGUACACACCCGGAUGAUUUAAACGAUAUGGAAAAUAAUAAAAAAGUUAAACAUGAGCAACAAACACCGUCUAAAGUUAUACACAUUCGUCAACUUCCGCAUGAUGCAAAUGAAGCCGAAGUAAAAGCACUUGGACUACCUUUUGGUAGAGUCACUAAUAUGCUUUUAAUGAAAAAUAAAUCUCAAGCAUUUCUCGAACUUCAGGACGUUGAUAGCGCAAAAACUAUGAUAAAUUAUUACACAUACGUUUCACCUACUGUCCGAAAUACACCUGUCUUCUUACAGUUUUCUCAACAUCAAGAGCUUCGAACAAAUAAUCAAAACAGAGAUGUAGACCAGCAAAAUGGUGGUAGUGCAGACUCUGGCCGACAAAGUGGUCGCGUAUUAAAAGUAAUUGUUUCAAACAUCAUAUAUCCUGUCACAAUUGAAGUACUACAACAGGUUUUUCAGCGUUGUGGGGACCUUCAAAAGAUUGUCACGUUUAUUCGCAAUGAUCAGUACCAUGCAUUGAUCCAGUACUCUAAUCCGAAAGAGGCAGCAGCUGCCAAAACACUUUUUGACCACCAAAACAUAUACAAUGGUUGCAACACACUACAUGUUGAAUUCUCCAAAAUGACUGAGCUGGUUGUUAAAUAUAAUAACGAUAAAAUGAGAGAUUUUACUAAACCUGAUCGACAAAGCCUAGACCCAAUGAAUGCACAGAUACAAGCAAUUCAAGCACAAAUGAAUCCUGGAAUGCUUCCAGUCCCGGGAUCUUUUCCACCACAACUUUUUCCUCAAGGAUUAAACUUAGGAGGUGGUUUUCCUGGUAUGAUGGGUAAUGUUAGCCCUGGCUCCAACAUGAAUUUUGGUCAACAAAUGAUGGGCCAUCAUCAUCACGGCAUGGGAAGCCGCCAUGGCAGCGUUCUACUUGUCAGCAAUUUGACUGAAGAAGAAAUAACUUGUGAUGACUUGUUCAUUCUUUUCGGUCAUUAUGGUGACGUGCAACGUGUAAAAAUUUUAUUCAAUAAAAAGGAUACUGCAUUAAUACAAUUUGCUGACCCAUCACAAGCAUCAACAGCACUGCAAAACUUAAAUAACAUAACAUUAUACGGUCAAGAGAUGAGAGUAUCUCGCUCGAAACACGAUAACGUUAAUAUGCCGAAAGCUGAAGAUGAGGGAAAGGAGUUGACUAAGGAUUAUUCAAACUCCCCCUUACACAGAUUCAAGAAACCAGGAUCAAAGAAUUUUCAAAAUAUCUUUCAACCAAUUCGAACUCUUCAUCUUUCCAAUAUACCGGAGUCUGUAAGCGAAGAAGAACUCCAGGAAAUGUUUUCCGAGAACGGUUCCAUCUCGAACUUCAGGUUUUUCCCAAAAGACCGCCGAAUGGCGCUCAUGCAAAUGAGUUCUGUGGAGGAAGCCAUCGUCUGCUUAAUAAAACUCCACAACAAAAAAUUAAAUGAGUCAAGUCACUUGCGCGUUUCGUUCGCAAAAAAUGAAAUGCAAUAACGGUGUUUUUUACGCUGUAUAUACGGAAUAUAUUUAUUUAUACAACUCUUAUGUCACGUGACAGUAAGGAGGAACCCAGUUGGACAUCAAACUAACGACGAUGAUUGUGAUUUGAAGUAUGGGCAAUAAAUAAACAACUCCCACGCCAAUUGUGGGAGAAAAUUUUUAACAAACAGAAUCAUCGAGGCAAAGAUAUCAAUAAACAGCCUUGUGUGGAAAAUUUUAACUUUCAAUUUCAUGGUUGAAAUUGUGAAGUAGUGUUGCUUUUAAAAAGAGAUAAUUUUGUAAUAUUGCAUAUUACGAUUUUUUUAUUUAUUGCAAAUGUAAUCCAGACUAUUUUAUCCACUAUUCUCGUCUGUGUUAUGUUCUACUUCUUAACGUUGUUUUAACAUGUGCAAAUAACCUUAGUUAAAGAUGCAUUCACACUUGUUACAUAUAUUUUAUUGUAGUUAACUUUUCUUCUUGCACUGAAGUGUUCUUUUAUGUUUUCUUUCUGUGGGGACAUGGCUUAUCUGUCUUUUUUUAUUUCGUAAACAGACGCAACCUUCUUUGUUUGUUGUUCGCACGCGUGUUGGUUUACUGCAAACUCAUCUUGAAUAAUUAUCUUGUGGUUCCUUUACACGUUCAAGAAAAUAGAAAUUUAAUUUUUCAA